GUAGUAACAUUUCCACUUGAAAGAAAAUAUUAAAUUUUAGUUUGACAUGUAACGAAUGCGUUUUUAUUGUAUUUUUUCGCAAAUCUUCUCGCUCUUAUUAACACUUUGAACAAUUUUUUGAGAUAUAUGCAGAUAAAUUAAAAUAACGUCGCGUUAUUUUAAUAACAUUUGUGUAUCUGAUGUAACAAAGAUAUAGGUUAUAAUUUUCAGAUUGUUGAUACGAUGGAUUUGUCAAAAAUACCGAAUGACAAAAAAUUGUAUCUUUGUAAAUGGUAUUUUAGAGCUGGAUUUGUUUUUCUACCGUUUCUUUGGGCUGUGAAUGCUAUUUGGUUUGCAAAAGAAGCUUUUGUUGAACCGCAUUACGAGGAACAAAAACAAAUUAAGAGAUAUGUAAUAUUUUCUGCAAUUGGAGCAACUAUAUGGUCAGCUGCUCUUUUAGCAUGGAUCGUUACAUUUCAGACACAAAGAGCAGCAUGGGGUGAAUUUGCAGAUUCUAUUAGUUACAUAAUUCCAACUGGCAUUCCUUGAUGUUAAGAUAUAUUUAUUUUUAUUUAAUUGUUUAUGAGUGACUUAUUAUAAUGUACAUUUUUAAUUUGUGAAAUAAAAUUGUUUCUUUCUU